AUGUCAAGGCUACUCCUUCCUGCGCACGAGACUGGUCCUGGCGCCGUGCUGAUGCUCGCGCUCGUCGCGGGCAUGGCGGUUUUCGUGCGAGCAAGCUACCUUACUGGCACAAUGUUUCCGUAUGAGAACUGUGUGCAAAACACCAAGUACAGCAGAUUCUCAGCAUCCUUUUCCAGCUAUUCUGUGGACACGAUCAGAAAUACGUCUACUUUCUGCAUUCGACUCCAUGUUGGGCCGACAUGCGUCUCGGGUCCCUACCGCUGUUGCAACCCGACCGCCUACAUCAACAAGAUCAAGCUAUCCCCAUCGCUCGGUUGUCGCGGCUCUGUGGGCAGCGUCAACGUCCUGACACCCAGUGGCAAGAAUUACAGCGUCAGCUCCAUAUACUUUGAGCGUCACAUGGGGCAGGAUGUGAUGAAGGUGACACCGCUGAUGCAGUGGUUGAAGAGCCCAGAUGCCAUUCGGGAUGUGCGUGUUUGCUUCAAUCUCAAGCGGCCGUGCUGGAACUUGAACAUGUUUUCGUACAACACGCGCAAAAUUGAAUAUUCUCUGUACGACAAGAAGGUUGACGACUACGAGUGCUGCCCUGUCGGCGUCAUUGGCUUGCCGCAGCCGCCCUCGCCGCCGCCACGGCCCUCGCGCCCCUUUGGGCCCGGCCCUUCCUCUGCCGCCGAACCGACCGCCCCCUAA